GCUCGGCGCUGGGACGGAGCGGCACGUGUGUGGACGGGCUCGAUGCGGCGAAUUCUCGCGGGUUUCUGUGACGUCGUCGUGCCUUCGCUGGAGUUUCACGUCCGUGAGUGAGUGAGUGAGAAAACGAGAGAGAUAGAGAAGGGAGCCUCACAUCGUGGAAGAUGGUGGUGAGCGAGGGUGCCCUCUCCAACAUCACCGGUGGCAUGGAGGGUGCCACCGGGGUCCGACUCAACACGCACAAGCACAAGCUCAAGCAUCGAUUCGACAUCAUGCGGAAGCUGGGGCAAGGGACAUAUGGGAAGGUCCAGCUGGCUGUUAACAAGGAAACCGGGCAAGAGGCGAUGGCAGCCAAUGAGACGUCUCGAGACCCCAUUAGUUGGCAUGCAGCUCACACGCGAGCCCAUGACUCGCUCGCGAACCUCGAUUAUGAGCUCUGUAGCGUGUAUUUACGAGCGGAGUCAUCGUCUGAACUUCAUCAGCCAGUCACCUUCCCCCGGGCAGGGGGGAGGGCGGAGGUGGUGGCAGGUCAGAGUACAGCCCCACUGUUGUUGUACAAGCUGGACAACAACAGCUUGUACAACAACAGUGGGGCUGUACUGUUGUUGUUGUACAAGCUGGACAAGCUCAAAUAUGUUAGCAAGUCAUGCUAUCACUUAAAAGAUAAGAAAGUGGCAAUCAAGACAAUCAAAAAGGCAAAGAUAGAGACAGAUCAAGAUCUGAUUAGAAUCCGUCGAGAGAUCCAGAUCAUGUCAUCUGUCCAGCAUCCCAGCAUCAUCCACAUCUAUGAAGUGUUUGAGAAUCGGGAAAAAAUCAUUUUGGUGAUGGAGUAUGCAGCAGGAGGAGAACUGUAUGAUUACUUGAGUGAACGGAAAGUUCUUCCCGAAGAAGAAGCCAGGCGCAUUUUUCGUCAGAUUGCAGCAGCUUGUUAUUAUUGUCACAAGCACAAAAUUUGCCACCGAGACCUGAAGCUGGAGAACAUCUUAUUAGAUGAGAAGGGGAAUGCAAAGAUAGCAGACUUUGGAUUGUCCAAUGUGUAUGAUGGGAAGCAUCUUCUUACUACAUUUUGUGGGAGUCCAUUGUAUGCCUCACCAGAGAUCGUUAAGGGUAUUCCUUACUAUGGUCCUGAAGUUGAUUGCUGGUCAUUGGGUGUUCUCCUUUACACAUUGGUGUAUGGUGCCAUGCCAUUUGACGGUUCCAAUUUCAAGCGACUUGUCAAGCAGAUAACUAAUGGAGAGUAUUAUGAGCCCAAGAAGCCAUCAGAUGCUUCUGAGUUGAUUCGCAGUAUGCUGACAGUAGCACCUAAGCGAAGAGCAGAUAUUGAGGAUAUCUGCUCCCAUUGGUGGGUGAAUGAAGGCUAUUCAGUGUCCUGCUUAGAGGUGGCAGACGAGUUGGCUUGUCAGACCCCAGUUCGCCUGGACCUCCUCCUUUCCCUUGCUCCAUGCCCCACAUCCACUGAAAAGCUUGUCAUUGAUGACCAAGAUGAAGUAUCAGCAUCUCUGAGUUUGGGAAACACAUCAGCAGAGGCUCCCUCCACCAGUGUCACCCAACAGCACCAAAGUGCUGCUGAUCGUGACCCCAUGAAUGAGUAUCUUAACAGUGCCGACAUGUUUGCUCGUAACCAUUCCAGUGGUAGCCUCAUGGAAGUGGAUCAGUCAGUUAGUACACAAGCCCCAAAACCUCCCAUCCAUGAGGAUGUUGACAUCCCAGAAGUUCCUAGCUCCGGGAAGAGGAAGUUGAAGGAUACAAGCAUUGCAGAUGUUCGGCCAUCAAAGCAAGUUGAGGCACUUCCUUCUGAACCUGCCUCUGGAGAGCAAGAGCAGGUAUCUUUAUCUUCAGAGGAUGCCCGACGCAUCCUCAAGGAUGUCUCCGAGAAAGCCAAGAAGUUACCCGAGACUCCCACCAAGAAAGCGGUGCGUCCAUUCCUCAGGAGCCGCUUGAAGAAAGAGUCCAAGAGUGUACCAAAUCUCUCUAGCAUGGUGGACUAUGAUGAAGAAGGGGAUGAGGAAGAUGUCCCCUUGGAGUCUUCCAAAACAAAAGUUUCUCCUGCGCAUUCAAAGCAAGAGCAGCACUCACAACCACAGGAGAAAGCUGCAGUUCCCUGUGAUAAUCUCCCACAAUCCCCCUCCAAAGAUGUAUCUCCUCAUAUUGUGGACCAGUCAGUAGUGACUGAACUAGAAAUUGACCCACAAGUGCACUCAGAAUGUGCCAAGCCUUCAAAUAACAAAGGCUCUGAUUCUGUUGAAGAAUCAAUUCCUCUUGUUCCUGAAACUCAGGACGCAUCCAAAUCUGAAUGCAAGCAUCCAGCUGUGCAACCUUCAGGGAAGGAUAUGAAACCACAUGAUAUCAAAAUGGAAACUAACUUGACUGAGACAGAAAAUACAUGUAAAAUAGAUGCAUCUUCUUUACCAGAACAAAGUGAGGAAACCACUGUCAUCACUCCCUCAGUGGACACUAGUGCCAAAUUGCAGCCAAUAUCUCCCACUGAAAUACAGCCUUCAUCUCCAGGUGUUGACACACCAAAGAAGAUAGUGAAAAAGAAAUCUCCAGCAGACAAGACUAAAAAGUCAGACUCGAGUACAACUAAGGUGAAAACGACUAAAGUUGGGAGCAAGAAAGAGGGAGCAUCAACCAAAACAGGACCUCAGUCAUCUCGGCAGGUACCAGAAGAGUCCAGCAAGAGCGAGAGCUCUUCUCAGCCACGUUACUCACGCCAAAACUCUCGUAACAUUCUUGAGGCUGUUAAGAUGUUUGAUGGAGGAGUUGCAAAGCCAGGAGAAGGAAAAUCACAGACACUUGAGAGACCCAAAAAGGUGCUUAUUCCUGGAGUGAAGAUCAGUGAUGCUAGGAAACAGUUUGAACUGAAGAAUGGAGGCAAUGGAAGUGGAGAGAAGCCACCCAGUGUGAUCCCAAGCCGAACUGUCUCCGAUGCCAAAAAGAAAUUUGAAGACAAUGGGGUGACACGUAGCCAGUCCCAGGCACCCAAGUCAGAACGUCCAACUUCAGUUACCAAGAGCGGGGAAACGUCUCCUCCUACAAAAAUUCCCACCCUUAAGUCCUCAGAAUCCCCAAAGAGACGGGACUCCCUCAAGAGUGACAGCGAUGAAAGCAGUGGAAGCAGUGGGAAGAACGGGGUCCAGCGUCGACCCAGUGCUCGCCGCUCAACUGCUGUGAGAGUGCCCUCUAAGUCGAGUGUUGACCAGAGAGGCAAGAGUGUCACCUCUCGGAAGGAAUUCGAAACAGCCAAGGGAAAGGAAAGUAAAGGCCUUCCAACAGAGGGGGAACCAGAAUCUGGGAUAAAGGAACCAACUCCAUCCCCUGAAGAAGAAAAGAUAGCGUGUGGUGUGGCAGAUGUGAAAGUGGAGAAAGUGACUGAGGAGAUUGGAGUCAUGGUAGAGGCACUGAAAUCUCAAGAUGAAAAUGUCAAAAGCCCUCAGGCUCCUGAAAAGGAGGAAACCAUUCCAAGUGCCACAGAGAAGACAGCAGAAGAGGAGAAGACACAGCUAAAGGAAGAAAGGGAAGAAAUUAAGAGGGAGGAGAAAUUAGCAAGGAAGAGUGUUGAAAGAGAAGAGACCAAGAAGGAGGAAAAAUCAUUGAAGCCACCAGAGAAGGGUAAAGGACGCCGGAAAUCUCCCUCAAAGACACCUCCACGUCUCUACAUUCCCAAGCCACACCAGGCCAAGAAAGAAUCUCCCCCUCCUGUACUUGAACAAGGAAUGAAGUCAGUGAUGCUGGAAAUCCAACCAAAUGUAACAAAGGAAGCCUUGCUCAUGGUCCAGUCCCCUCCUAAUACACCCAAGUCAACUCCAUCCAGUUCUCAGAGCACAACACCGAAAGCUGACAUCAUAUCUCCUGCUCUGACUGAGAGUCCUAAGAGACCUAGUUCCCUGCAUUCCUUGAAGUCUCCGCCUCCCAUUCCCAUCCCCGAUCAUGGAGAACCCACCAGUGCAGACAUAGCUGGCACAGAGACCAGUUUCCUUCGCAAGAUUUCUGAGCCAAAAGGGGAGGUGAUAUCAAAGAGGAGGUCAUUUUAUGAAGAGGAUGCAACCACUCCAACCAAUAUUACUGAAUACCAAGCUGCUUUUGGAGCUAACAAUAAGCAGUUUAGCACACCAUCGGCUCAGGGUCAACCACGACGAAUAUCUCAUGCAGAGUUUGAGCUGUCAAAUGCUGAGAAUAAGGAUGGACAUGUUCCUCAUAAAUACACAGCUCAAAGGUCAGAAGUGGCUUUCCCUGUGCAAGCUCCUGAGAUGCCAAAACGUGCCACAUCUGUGGAGCCAAGCAUGGAGACUGGAAGGCCAAGGCCUGCAAAAGCAAUUCAGAGGAAGACCAGUGAGCGGGUCAUUCCUAUCCUUAUGGAAGAGACUCAGGAACAAAUGAAGCCUCAGCCUCUGCCAUUGGAACGCAGCAAUUCCCGCCAGAGUGAAUCUUCUUCACAGGCAUCAAGUGAAAACGGGCUGCACACACCUCCAGGUCUAAGACCUUUGCGGCAGAGUGCCAGGGAGUAUAUAAUCCCAAUAGCAUUAGAAGGUGGAGGUUAUGCCACUCCCACUUCUACACCUGGACCAGCCACCAAUGAAGCACCUGAAUGGCCAAAGCCCUGGUCCAAGACUCGCCCAUCUCCACUCAGAACCAAGAGAAGCAGUUUAUUGAAUGACAUUGGAGGUCGAACAGAUGAAGAGGGACACCCCAUCCCCUCAGGGCUCCAAAGGCUUAGUUCAUUUGGAAAACACCAGCCUACAGAGGAAAACAACGAGCGACCCUUGCCUGGAGCUCCACCAAGAACCACCAUGAGGAUGCCCCCCUCAGAGAGGGUGGAAAAGUCUGACAGCUUCAGCUCGGCAGGGGAAGACGAUGACGAUGAUGAUGGCUUCGAUAUAUUGACUGCUGAAUCCUUAUUCAGUGCUCUUCUCUCACGGGUGCGGAGUCUGACUCGAAGGAUCAACAAGGAAGAGGCAUUUCCCACACGCAGAUUCUCAUCGCAUUUUGGGGUGCCUUUCCAUCCUCGGGAUUUCCCAGAUCAUCCAAUCACUACCACCUUCCACCCAUACAGCCAUCAGAACUCAGAUGCUCCAAGGUGUGGAUCUGAGGGUUCAUUUGGAGGCGAGAAGAGAGAGGAGCCUGAGAGUCCAUGGAGACGGAAGGACAGCCCAACGUGGCAGAGUAGCAUCACUACUCAGAUGAGAGGAGAUUCCCCUAAUGUCAUCUUUCAGAGACAAUCCAGCUCAUCCAGUGAAGGUACCGAUGCGUUAGUGGCGGAGGAGUAUGGAGGACCUCGGACACAUUCCCACGUAGGAGAGUUGGAGGAGGGUCCUCAGACACAGACAGUGUCUACAGUGAGCCCACAUCAUAUAGAGGUAAACAAUUGGGAAGAGAUUACCAGGGAAGGAUUGGAUGAAGGAGGAAUUUGUUUUUAUCUUGCAGACAUGAACAAGUGGAUCCCGCGUAACACUAAACCCGAAGCAGAGUCACCUGUCUACACUCCAAGCAUGACACGCCGUAUGUUUUAUACCUCUCGGACUCCAGUUUCCACAUCCGAUCUUCACUCCAUUGGCGAAGGUCAUUGCUCGACACCAACACCUAGGAGGCAAUCCAGAUAUGCCCGCUCCUGUACGUCUGAAAUUCCCGAUGCAGAAUCUCGCAUGAAGGCUCGCAACGAGAUCAUCUCCCGUCUCACCCGAGUCACAGCUACUCCCACUGCAUCUUCCAUGUCUUCAGAUGCCAACUUCAAACCAUUCAACGUGACAGUGACUCGUCUGUUGAGGCGACCGCGUAGCGUGAUUGGGGCCGUUGAGUCGUCUGACGACCGAUCUUCUCUGUUGUCCACAAAUCCCCCUCAUCCUCCUUCAUUGGGGGAAGCUGAAGGGAGGGAUGGUGGGCACAGAAUUUCUUCUUGGAUCUCUUCUUCGUCUCAGUUCCCCUCUUAUCGAUCUAGCCUCACUAGAAUGAUCCAUCUUGGAGAUAGGAGUGGAAAGAAGUCUGAAUCUGAUGGACUGAAUGCAAAAAAGGAGGAUCAUACAUAUGAGAACAUUUGGGAGAUGUCAUCAGCACCAAAGGGAAAGGGAAGCACUAAGUCCCUGACCAGUCCUAGAUCUGAUCAUAUGGAGACCCUCAAGAGCCCAGAGGGUGGAGAGGCAAAUCAAGAAAAUGGGAGUUCUCACAUCCCCCGAUGGAUCUCAGGAUUGAGAAGACCUGUCAGCAUGAUCGAAUCCAGCGACACGGGUGUUACUCGUGAGCUCACACCUGGCCUUCAGAAUGGAGAAGCAGAGAACAGUGAAGCUACAACACCCAGUGAUUCAAUGGAUUCAGUUUCCAUUGCCUCAGACAUAGACUUGGAUUUAGAGGAAGAGAGUGUGAGCGAACGCAUCCGCCGCAAGAGUUACUACUCCCGCUUCAACGACUCCUACCCGAGGCGUCGGUCGUUGACACGGAACGGUGCUCGACCCGAGUCGUGGAUGUAUUCCCUGCCGCAUCGUUCCCUAUCCUCGCGCUCUCACGUUCUCCGGCCUCCUCUGGAUAUUGAUCGCUUUUCUAGGGAUCCUGGAUGGUGUUCAGGGGCCACAAGUCCCUCCAGAUCAUCCUUGACCAAUGGUUUUGGAGGAGAUCAUCAUGAAGGAGAUCUUGAUGAUUCCCUCCAUAUUUCUCUGAACCAGAGCAUUGAAGAUUACAGCUCAGGGAUUGGAUCUUUCCAUAGUUCUAGUGCUACUGAUGCCAACAAGUCUAAAUCCAACAGGACCAGAGGAGGAGGAGCAGUGGGAGAGGAGGAAUGGCUGAAGGGGCAGAAGAAAAGUUCCCUGCCCCCUCGUGGAAAACGAGACCAGCCGCUCUCGCCCUUGCCCGACACGCGCAGCACUUACCUCGGGUUACUCUAAUAGCCUUCUUUCGUGCCAGACCAAUGAGCCAAGAAUGAAAUCUUCAUCUCUUCCUGACAGAUGAAUGCAAGAAACACUCUCGCCUGUUUUCUGUGAUCAUCAUCAUUGUUGUUAUCUGGAAUGAUCUUCUCCCCUGUGUAGCAGCUAUGAAGUAUUCAAGAGGUGCUUAAAUGUUGCUGACAUUCCUUUGCGACACCCACAGUGAACCCUCUCACUCUUUCUUCCAUUUGUGAUGUGGAGAAUGAUGAAUGAAGAUGUGAUAGGUCCUCUUCAAGAAAGAAGAAGCAAAAAAAAAUAUGCAGAGGUUCUCUGAAUGUGUUCGUACCCAUAAGUACUCUUGUGGUGCUAAUCUAGUCCCAUCAUGAACCUCCAGUUCCCUAUGUUUUUGGCUUCGUCUGUGAGCCCUCUCAUUGGUCAUGGUGAUCCCUGCAAUUAUAUGAAUGCCUUGUGCUGCAAUAAAGUCUCUCGCAUUUUUCUGG